AUGAAUUAUGAUCUAUCCUCCUCCUUUAUGGAAUUUAGAAGGUAGAUUUCUUCUAAAAUUAAGAAUUCCCCUCUUAAAAACAAGGAUAGAAUUAUGACACCUUUAUAAAAAUCCCCUAAUCCAGUUGGUCUCCUCAAACAAUCUGUCACUAAUAAUCUGACACGCUUAAAACUUAAAUCGACUAUUUGCAAUAUAGGAUUAACACCUAAGAGGAAUUCGGAUAUACAGUAAUUACAAAAUAAUUUUAUUAAGGGAUAAGGUUAAACUGUUAAAAUUCCUUAACCCUCUUUAUAUCAGAGCGCUUCUAAUUGCUAAUAAUCACAACUUUAUUAAUUAUAAGAACUCAGUACUUUUGGGAAGAAGGACUAUUUUGAGUAAUAAAACGAAAUUAAAUAAUACUCUUCAAAGUACUCAAAAAUAAUGAAUGAGGAAUAAGGUCUUUAUUACGGUAAAUUAUAAGCUAAACUGGACUAGUUAUCAAAUGCUAUAGGUGAUAAGAUAGAUAGAUAAUCAAAUUUAGGAUAAAUAGACAAUCUUAUUAAUUUUUCACAAAAAAUUAAAGAACAAUCAAAAAUAGAUAAGUAUAUAGAUAUUCUGCAAUUUGAAAGUAAAGUUUUGCAAAAUGAUAUACUUAGUAUUAGAUCGAAGCAAUCAAGAUUUUCACAUUCAAAUGAAAAUUGA